AUGUGGAAGAGCGGAGGGGAGCAGUGGAGCGCCGUCAGUUCGCGUAUUGUCACUGCUCGUCUUCUUGUCGCCAAGCGAGGUGAUAAACUCCCUGGUGGAGCCCCACCGAACGUAAGACGCAAGUUUUUCGAUGACUUGCAACGAGUUGUGGACAGUAUCCCAUCCAGAGAUGUUCUUGUGCUGCUUGGAGAUUUGAACGCGCGCGUCGGGUCCAGCACUGACUAUGCAGACAGCGCUGUGAGUCGUAUCGAUGGCAUGCCAGGGGAUGAGCGGAUGUGGGGUUGUGUCUUGGGCCAAUUUGGCCUUGGAAAUUGCAAUCAGGCUGGUGAGGAGCUGUUGUCAUUCUCUGCAGCUAAUCAAUUGUCAGUAAUGAAUACAUGGUACAAGAAGAGACGAAGUAAGCGUGGAACAUGGACUCAUCCAGCCACUCGGCAAGUGCAUCUCAUUGAUUAUGUCAUCAUGCGUACGGCUCAUUGCUGCUACUGUAGGGACGUUGGUGUUGUCCGCGGCGCACUGUGCUGGACUGACCACUACAUGGUUCGGGCGAAGCUUGUCCUGGACUUCGUCCAACGUAGAUCCACUGUCCCUAAGCGGAGGUCGUAUGCCACCCAUCGCCUACGUGAGCCUGAUACGUUGCUGCAGUACCGAGAGUCAAUGGAGGCAGCCUGUGGUGGCGUGGCCGGUGGUGGCCAGAGUGUUGAAGAGACCUGGAAGUCCCUUCGUGAUGACAUCACCAGCGUAGCGGAGAGAACACUGGGCCAUGGUCGGCGGCGACAACCAGACUGGUUUCUGGAGAAUAGGGCAGCAUUGGAGCCACUUAUUGAGGCGAAGCGACGUGCCUAUGAAAGGAUGUUGUCGGCAGGCAAUCAAACAACACGUUCCGGAUUAAGAUCAGCCCAGCGGUCGGUUGCGAAGGCGGUGCGUGGUGCAAAGGAACAAUGGAUCCGUGAGGUGGUCGGUGAUGCUGAGCGUGCUCAAAGGGAUGGCUGUGUGAUGUGGAAAUGCAUCCGAAAAUUACAGCGAGUGGAUGAUGGCAGGCGUACGGUCACACACUCGGCGGUUUAUGAUGGAGACGGACACCUUACUGACAGCCCGGAAAGUCUUGUUACGCGUUGGCAUGCACACUUUGACAGAGUGCUCAACAUUGCUAGUCAGUUUAGUAUGCAUGUCAUUGAUAACAUGCCUACUGCUGAGCCGCGUCAUGAACUUGACAUGGCCCCGACAUUUGAGGAGGUGAUGGCUGCAAUGCGGAGGAUGAGUAGGGGCACGGCUGGUGGCUCUUCAGGUAUUGUGCCGGAAUUGGUGCUGGGUGGCGGUCUUGCUCUCCACCGGCGUAUUCAUUCUCUGAUUUCCCAGAUUUGGGCAGGUGGCUCCGUUGUUUCUGAGUGGCGUGACGCUGAGAUUGUACCCAUACCGAAGAAGGGCGACCUACGGUCAUGUGACAAUUGGCGAGGCGUCAGCCUGUUGGAUGUAGUUGGUAAGAUGUUUGCACGGGUUAUCCAGGAUCGCCUUCAGGAACUGUCCAAAGAUGUGCUGCCUGAGUCACAGUGCGGUUUUAGGAAGGGACGUGGGUGCGUCGACAUGGUGUUUGUGGCGCGCCAGCUAAUCGAGAAGGCCAUCGAACAUGAUACGCCACUGUAUGUCAUAUUUGUCGACCUGAAGAAGGCUUAUGACAGCAUACCCCAGACAUGGGCUGUGAAGGUUACCUACGUCCAUCGGCUGACCGUCGUCCAUCGCUCCUGUAUUCGGUCUAUCCUCGGUGUAUCGCGGAUCCAGCAGUGGGAGGACAGGCUCACAUCGGUAGAAUUGGGCAGGCGAUUUGGCAUGUCUCUUGACAUCUCCGAUUUGCUCCGACAGCAUCGUCUGCGCUGGCUGGGGCACAUUGCCCGUAUGGAGGAACUCCGCACUCCGCAGCAGAUGGUAUUUGGCGAGUUAUAUGCCACUCGCCCCCGCCACGGUCCGAAGAAGCGAUGGCGUGACGUUGUUGUCACUGAUCUAGCUGCGGCCCAGAUCGGGGAGGGAGAAUGGAUCCGUCAAGCCCAGGAUCGCCCAACCUGGAGGCGGUUGUGUCGUCAGCAGCCUCCUCCACCCGGACCGAAAGAGUUCCGUUGCGCAUGUGGCCGUUCCUUUGGCCGCAUUGGGGACCUGAAGAGGCACGCCCCCCACUGCCGCGUCUGA